CUGCCCACGGCAUGCUCCCAUACCCUCCACCCAUACACAAUCAUGAAUUCCAAUCAGCAGACACUACUUGACUGGCUCGACGAUCUCUGCGUGCGCUUCAUCGUCAACCUGCCCCAUGAGGAGCUGCAAUCCGUCGAGCGCAUAUGUUUCCAGAUCGAAGAGGCGCAAUGGUACUACGAAGAUUUCAUCCGCCCGCUGGACCCCGCUCUGCCCUCCAUGAAUCUGCGCGUCUUCUCGCAGCGCAUGUUCCAGCACUGCCCGCUCUUCGCUGGCUUUACCGCUGCCCACCGCGAGGGCGCAUACGAGCAGUUCCUGGCCUACAAGACCCGCGUCCCCGUCCGAGGUGCCAUCAUGUUGAAUCAGGACAUGACACACGCUGUCCUCGUCAAGGGCUGGAAGAAAGGCGCCAAAUGGAGUUUCCCUCGAGGGAAGAUAAACAAGGAUGAAUCCGAUUUGGACUGCGCCGUGAGAGAGGUGUACGAGGAGACAGGGUUGGACUUGCAGGAAGCUGGCCUGGUCAAACCCGAGGAACAGAUGAAGAGCAUCGAUGUAAACAUGCGCGAGCAGAGCUUGAAGCUCUAUGUUUUCCGCGGUGUGCCGAUGGAUACCAACUUUGAGCCGCGGACAAGGAAGGAGAUUUCGAAAAUCGACUGGUACAAGCUCGGCGAUCUGCCCACCCUUCGACGCAAGAACCAUCCUCAAGGCAACGGCCAUGACCUCAAGGAUAACAGUUUUUACAUGGUUACGCCUUUCAUACCGCAGCUCAAGGGUUGGAUCAAAGCUCAAAGACAGCUCGAGAAGCGCAACAGGAACGCCGGUGCACACUUACCACCUCCUGUUGCGGCCGGCAUCACAGACACUGAGCUGGAGGGCGACUUCGGAGACACAACUGCGGACGAGGCACCGAUACCUGAAUACAAUGCAGACGGUGCAAAUUUUGCCGAGCUGGUUGCAAAUCUAGGAAGAAGCAAUCAAGCGAGUGACGCGUUGCCCGAAGUGCAAUUCCAACAAUCUGCUGCCGAUCCCGCAGCAGAGCUGAAGCGAUUGCUCAGCGUUGGUGGUGGCUUUCUGCCCCAAGGGCAAAUGCUGGAAACGCCACCCAUCGAGUCUAUGAUGCAGCAAACAAAUCCGCUGUUUGAUAUGAUGAGAGCAAAUAACAAGUCGCAAUCCAAUACACUUCCAACGACCCCUUUCGAUCAGAUUCUGUCCGCUCCGCAGAUGCCACAAAGCCCUCAUGGUCAACAUCAUCCGCGGCCACCCCAUUUCGAGCAUAUGCCCCCUCCGCCGCAUUUUCCAUUCAACCAGCACCAAGGACAUCCUUUCCAAGGUCCGCAGCACCGUCCUCAUAUGCCUCCCCAACACAACAAUGGAUUUGCACCGCAUCACCCACCUCAAUUCUUCCCACCGCUCCAACAUCAGCAUGAACCAUCUUUCCCGGCACACCCUUCGAACAUCCCGCCAUCGUUCACACAGCAACCGCCGCAGCAGCUCAUGCAGAAUCAAGGCCCGGCGUUCGCGGCUCCUCAGGGAUUUCAAAAUCAGCGUGGGCCUGCGGUCCCUCCAGCCUCGAAACUCCCCCCGCCGAAGCUCACUACGCAUGCCUUAACUCUUCUAAAUUCUUUCAAGCUGAGCGAGAAGCCUGCGGUCAUGUCUCCUCGAAGCCCGCACGAGCAACCGGAAAGUUUCCAGGCAACCCCUACCAUGGCGCAACCACCUGCUUUGCAAAGAGCUCCCGACUCUUUUAUAUCGUCACCUGGGUUGCAAAGUAUCAAUCCGUAUGCGCCAAGUCCACCAGCCUUUCAAUCUCCUGCUCUGGCGGACAAUAUUCAGCCUGCUCAACCACAACCGCGAAAUGCUCACCAAACUUCGCUUCUUAGUCUUUUCCAGUCCCCUUCGCUAGCUGCAGCCACGCCGGAGCCUCCUAAGAUUCACGGAGAGCCAGCGGAGCUAUCCGCUUUUCCGACAACCCCGGGUCUUGCGAGAGUCAAGUCAGGUUCCCAGGCCGCUCCUCCCAUGCCGAACAUGAAUGCGAAGCCCGUGAUGAACUCAAUGCCUCCACAGCCGAACAAACCGGGAAAUACCUCGGCGACAGUUCGUGGCCCAGUGAACGCACCCGACUUUGAGACUGUGAAGAAGAACACGCACCAAACGUCGAAUCGAACGUCUCGGGGACCCUCACCAGCGAGAUCCAAAGUGGAACAGAAGGCAUUUGUUCCGCAGCAGAUUCUGAAGCGUGAGGGAACGCCAAAACACACCGGGAUGCGCACAGACGGAGGCUCCCAGAAGAGCCCGCGUACCGUAGCGGCGCCAAAUCCCACGUUCAAACCUCAAAUCCUCAAGCGCCCGCAGCAAUCUGGUGGUGGUGCUUCUGUCUCGAUGCAGACUCCUGCCUCAAAUCAAGGUCCAAAUGCACAGGUACCGGACCUGCUGAGUCUCUUCAAGGCUCAGGCGCCCCCUACUGAGAAACAGCCCGCUCUACCGAGCCUACCUCUCCAAGCGACCUCACCAGCUCCUAGCACCAACGUACACGCACAGGAGCUGCUGGGUCUCUUCAAGAGCGCAAGCCCAUCGCCACAGGUUCCCGCUCAAGUCUUAGCACCCCCGCAGCCACCAUCUGUGACCUCCAUUCGCUCCUCCUCGCAGGACCGCAGCUCAGUGCCCCCUUCUCAACAACCCACCGACCAAAAAGCGGCCCUACUCUCACUCUUUAGCAAACCUUCCCCAAAACCGGCGGCGGCAUCUCCACUAAACCCUGCCGGACAACAAGUCCACCCCGGCCUCACCCAGAGCCCUGCCCCCAUCUCGAACCGUAACGUCAGCAUCACCUCGCCUACCAUCAAAACCGCGGUCUCGGGUGUCGUGAGCCCCGUCAGUCCUCUGCCGGCAGGUACUUCGAUGGACACACCCGCUCAUCUAAUGUCGAGGUCUAGAAUCUCGUCUAUUGGAGGUGAGACUUCAGCUGCGUCAUUUUCGAGUGUUGUUGUAUCGAGAGGGAAUGGAGUGGCACCUGUUCCUGCGCCGACAUCGCAUCCUGCAGCGUCUGUCAUGUCGAUGAGCGGUUUAGGUCAGCGAAAUGGCGGUCCUAGUGAUGGCUUUGCUUCGGGAGGGAGUGGUAGUUUCUCUUCCGAGGGUGUCGGUUUAGGAGGUUCCACCAGCUUCGAAGGUAUUACAUCUGUCGCUGCUACUGGUCUUGGGAACGGCAAAGGUAAAGCAAAAGUCAAUGCCGAUGCGGAUGCCAGGAAGAGCCCUCCUGUGGGAGAUGAUGGGAACAAGUCUUUCUUACUGGGCUUUUUGAACGAUUUCGCGAAUAAGGGGAGGUAG